AUGAACCAUCAGCAAAGUAAGAACACUUUUGCAGCUUCAACUUCUGGUGUUCGUUUCUUUAAAAUUAUUACCACGCCAAAUAUUCAAGAUGGAAAAAUAAGACUUCCAAAGAGUUUCACUACAAAACACAGUAAUGAUAUUCAAAAUCCUAUAUUUCUAAAGACUCCGGACGAUAAAAAAUGGGAAAUGCAUAUCAGUGAAGCUAAUGGAGAUUUUUGGUUUGAAAAGGAUUGGAAGGAAUUUGCAACAUACUAUUCAUUGGAUCAUGGGAACAUGAUAUUGUUUCACUUCGAAGAAAAAACUCAUUUUGUGGUGCAUAUAUUUGGAAAGAAUACUCUUGAAAUAGAUUAUCCUUUUCAUGACAAUCAACAUGAACAAAACAACAAUGUCCAAAUCAGUGAUGAUGAUUCGGUUGAUGUUUCGAAGAUGUCACAUUCAUCAUGCAAAAACCAAAACUAG